CAGAAAUUAUAUUUUAAUAUUGAUUCACAUUUUUCCUUGUAAAUCAAUAUCGUAAAUAAAUAAUUGACGAAAUACAUAGAAAAAUCUACCCAACAUUUAAGUAAUUAUAAACUCUUGAAUAAAAAUGAAAAUUCUCCAUAAAAGAUGGUACUUACUCGAUUUUCGAAUAUAACCUAAAACAGCGGCACAUACGUAGUGCACCUCUCGAGCUUUGAAUUUUUAAAUAUUGUUUGAUUUUAUAAUAUUAAAACACAUCAUGUUUUAUCACAUAUCCUUGGAACAUGAAAUUUUGUUACAUCCUAGAUAUUUUGGACCUCAAUUGUUAGAUACUGUCAAACAAAAAUUGUACACAGAGGUUGAAGGUACCUGCACAGGAAAAUACGGUUUUGUAGUUGCUGUAACAACAAUAGAUAAUAUAGGUGCAGGUAUCAUACAACCAGGACAAGGAUUUGUAGUAUAUCCAGUUAAAUAUAAAGCCAUUGUUUUUAGACCAUUCAAAGGAGAAGUAUUGGAUGCUAUUGUAACACAAGUAAACAAGGUUGGAAUGUUUGCAGAAAUUGGUCCACUUUCAUGUUUUAUAUCUCAUCAUUCAAUCCCAGCAGAUAUGCAAUUUUGCCCAAAUGUAAAUCCUCCAUGCUACAAAUCAAAAGAAGAGUUUGCCAUUGGCACAUUAAUGGAUGAUUAUUUAGUGCCCACUUAAAUGUCCGCGGUCAGGACCGGCCGUGGUCGUUGGUGGGCAUGGUUAACUUCUCCGAAUUCAACGGAGAUAAGGAAAGAGGAUAAACGCGAGUGAGAUACAAUAACUGGCACCCGAAACCAUAUACAAUGUAUCGAUAACGACCACGGCAAUUUGCACA